CCUCACAAGGCAUCAUCAUCGCAAAGGCAUCAAGGCGUUGGUUAUCCAUCACGAAAAGUAAGGUAAGUCAUCUAUCUCAUCAUGCAGAAACUCGACGACACGUCUUUUGACGCGUUGUUUCCUGACUGUGUCACCGUGACCACUGCUCCUGGCGUUUGCCCGUCAUCAUGCCACGCUUGCGCACGAUGGGACGCGUCCAGGAAAGGACUGGAGGCGUUUCCGCAGCCCGUUGUCUACGCUUGACGUCUUUCGAAAGAAAUAUAUCGGCUGACUGACUCUCGUUUACAGAAACCACAGGGAAUCCAGAAGUCGGACACCGGGCUCGGGUGUCUAUCCGUGAAAAGGCGUUUCUCGCCACACCUCCUACGCGUGGCGCGCCAACCCAAGGCAUCAGAUCCACUAAGCAAUUCGCGUACAGGCAUCAAGUCUGGUCAUACAGGCUUCAUCACUCUAACUCACUGCGAACGUUCUUGAGUCACGCGCUGUACGAUCGUCAGCUAAGCCACACCUGAUUCGACCCAUUAAUACAACAGGAGUGGUGUCUGCCUGCCGUCGCCGCCUCAGGACGUCGACGAUUUCUCCAGCCUAUUUGCAACUCAUACGGGAACUUCAUCACCGGAGACGCAGUAUCAAGUAAUUUUUUGAUCUGUCGUCUUGCAGAAAGCCAUUUGGAUCCUGCCGUGAUCAUAGUGCAUAAUUCGUUGCCGUGACCUCUGAACAGCCAAACAGGGCAUUUUUCACUUACACAACCGUCAAGCUGUCUUCCUACUCAAACUUCAACAUGAGCGACGAGGUCUCUCAGCUCGAGCGCCAACCUGAUUCGCUCAGGUCUGCUGUAGAUCCUCAGCUCGAAGCGCAUCAUCAUCAUCAUGAGCAUCUGCAGUCAGAUGCCUAUCCUGAUAUAACUCAGCAUCAGAUGGAACAAAUCGCGCAACAUUCUUUGGAGGAAGGUCCGCAUCAUUCCGCACUUGACGAACUAUCCGCUGCUGAGCACCAGGAGCCAUUCUCGCCCAGGCGCGGUUUUACACACAAACGACUUGAGGAACCACCUCGAAAUAACCAGGGCAAGUUCUUAUGCAAAUUCCAAUCUACAUGCUCUAACUUGACAUUUGAUCGACGAUGUGAAUGGAGUAAACAUAUGGAUAAACAUGAUCGUCCAUACAAAUGUGCCGAGCCAGGCUGUGAGAAGCUUCAGGGUUUCACAUAUUCUGGUGGUCUCCUUCGACACCAACGUGAAGUUCACAAGAUGCAUGGCGGCACUCGCAAACCGCUCUACUGUCCUGAACCAAACUGCAAGCGUAACUCCGGCUCAGGCUUCACUCGAAAGGAGAAUUUGCAUGAACACAUUCGCCGUGUGCAUAGACGGACAGAUGGCGCAGAGAUUGCUGCUGCGGCUCAAAAUGGACUUGAUCAGCUUGAAGCCGCCGCAGCCGCUGCCCAAGCCGCUGAGGAGGACAGCUUGACAGACGGGGAACGUGCGGCGAAGCGCAAGCGCCUGGCGGACAGUCUAAGCGGUGUCGAUUAUGAGUUCACACUUGAAAGUGAAUCCGUCAAACGCUUGCGCGAUGAAAACAAUGACCUCAAGAUCCGCAUGAAGCAGAUGGAGGAGAAUAUGGAGCAGCAGCGUGCACUUCUACAAGACUUACUCUCGCGGCAACAGGCGCAAGCGCCUACCGCCUCUAUGAUAGUUCCUACCGUCUGAAGACAUGAGAUCGCCAAGCCAAAUCCAUCUGGCUCAUGUUGAGCGCGGUCUAUACAUCUUCCAAAUUGGGACGAGCAAAAUCACGAACAAUAAAAUACGCACAAGCGCAUAGAUCGGACUGUUGUGUCUCAACGAAUACAUUGACGGAACGGGAGGGCACUUGUUCAGCAAUUUUCAUUCUUAGCGGCAGGUUGUGGUGUUUGGCGGCGUGGAAUACCCGGUGAUCGCUUUACCGCGAGUUGUGACUUUUCAACAGAAUGCCUUAUUCUACUUGAUCGUUACCCAGCUCAGAUCAGAGAAGUGUAUUAUAUGAAUUGUGUCUCAUGCAUUGCGUGCCAAGAUAUACCAGUGUGUCAUGAUCCCGAUCUUGGGCUGCUUUUCACUUAACUUGCUUUUAACAUCUUAGUACCGAGUCAUUGUACCAUCUUCCCAUAUGAAAUUGCGAUAUGUUAAUGCACUUACACUCGGC